CUUGUGUCAGUGUUAAUAACUGUAAUCUUUAUUGUCAUAUGUUUAAGGGGGGCAGAGCUCUCCGGGAACAAAUCAAAAGAAUAUCUGGGUCUACUGUCCUAGAUGAUGCAGAUAUUGAUGAUGCUCAAGUUCUUACUUUGACAAGAGAGGAUCUGAAUGAGCUUUUUCCAGGUAUCAGGAACUUUCAGCUCCGAAGGACCAUUAUGGUGCUUAUCACAGACACAGUGAAGGAUUCGCUUCGAUCUGGCCCAGAAACAUUUGCCGGAGCACUGAAGCAUUUAAUGGACAAAAACAACAGCAAUGAUGCUGCUGUUCAGGAUGUUUUGAAGGAGUCUCUUCGAGCUUUUAGAGAAAUGGAGGAGCAGCUCAAAGCAACACAGGCAUCUCUGAAACCAUACAUUGAGGUCUUGAACAGUCUCACUGAGGCAUCAGCUAGAAAAGAGCACUGGGAUACAGAAGGAACUUCAAGCAGGAGAAAAGUUCCAAGCUCAUCCCAAACAGAUUUAAACUCUCCAACCAUAAAGACUCCCUAUCAGCCUCUAGUCAAAGUGCAUCCACUUAUCUGUGGCCAAACCUUGGGAGCUGACAGGGAAAUUUUUGGACUGCUCAAGGGAGUUACUGUGAGUGAAUUAAGGGACUGUAAGUUGAUACUGGUCUUCUGUCCCAUAGCAUCACGAGCUGGAACUGACAUUGAAGAUGCAUUGAGGAAAAUUCCAGCUGAUAAACCAGCAGUCCUGGUGAUAAUGUACCAUACCUUCAACACUAACCAUGUGUCCCCCAGCUUUAAUAUGACAUCUUCUCAAGUGAACAUUGUGGAACAUGUUAACAUGCUCUUCCAUGACUCACAAGGCGGUCUUCUGAAAUGUUCAGCAAAUGAACUUUCAAUUACCAAACUUCAGUCUGUCUUAAACCAGUACAUGUAAACAGUCCCGCCUCGAAAAAACUCUUAAAAUGAUGAUUCAAUGCAUGUCUGUUAUAUGGUCAUAUGAAUGGACAAAAACAACAAGUCUGCUAAUAAACAUUUAGGACUGG